UUGUCAUCAAACAGUGACACUCAGUUUUCAUUUCAAGUUUUUUGAAAUUCAGAAAAAUAUUUUUACAUAGCUUUAAUUAAAAACAUGGAUGGAUCUAUGUGCGUAUUUUUGGGCAUUAAAGUAAAACCAGGACCCAUUGAGCGUCAUAAACUUGAAAACUUCAGCUUGGAUAAUACUGUGGGACUUCUUAGAUCGGAAGCAGAGAAAAAGGCUAAUGUUCCGUCUACGUCGUUGGAGCUAAUACACCACGGGAAAAUCUUAAAAGAUGACGCUACGCUGCUAGAUAGUGGCGUAAAGAAUGGUGAGAUGGUACAUGUAGUGAAGAGGAAGUUUCAGGCUGCGCCACCCCCGCCGCCGUCCUAUUCCGAUUCAGAGUUACAGCAGCUGAACACAUCUCUGAGGACCUUAGGCUGUACGCCUAAUGCUCCUGGGUGGACCAGAGCUAUGCAGCUCCUGAAUGAUGAGAAUGCCAUGGCAGAGAUAUCAGAGAGCGUACCGUCUCUGGUUGAGGACUGUUCGACGUUGUCCAUUCUUCACGAAGUGGAACUACUGGCAGCGCUCGGAGCCAACGUGCAGACAAUGCGACGUGGUGCCAAUGCACACCCAGGGCUUCCCAACGCAUUGCGGACACUCAUGCGCCUUGUGCGCUCUAGCUCCAGUGCUUCCGGGACAAUUGAUGUUCCAACUUCUGGAUUUGCAUAUUCCCUGGAAGCACUGUCAGAAGACGAGGAUGCUGAUGAGGAGGAAACGGAAGAAGGAGCAGCCGAGAGGAACCCCAUCACACAGGAACAACUAGCUGCUGCUUUGCAGGCGGCGACAGAGGCGGUGUCGGGGUCGCGUAGUGGCGCUGGCGGCCAGGACAGCCUCCUUCGGCUGCUGGCGGCAGCUGACGACUCAACGCGCAGCACCGAAGCCAGCACGCCUACUACCGCUGGUGCUAGCCGAUCGAUGAUAACUCCGGAGAUGUUUAGCGAGGCGAUAUCAGAGGCCAUAACGCGCGCAGGCAGCACUAGGAAUUCUACAUCUGCCAGCACUCCUAUGGACCAAGGCUCAGCUUCAGCAGGGUCAUCCUCAACCCUCAUUUCCAGGGAAGAGGACUUUGCGCCUCAACUGCAACACAUGCACGAAAUGGGACUGGUAGACGAUGCGCUCAAUGUGCGGGCUUUGCUUAUAUGCUCAGGUGAUGUAAACGCCGCCAUUAACCUGGUAUUCAGUGGAGCUAUUGGAGACGAUUGAAAAGGAUUUACAAGAAAUAAAUGACAAAACUUCUUUAGUCACUAUUUUAGAAGUUAAACUAACCUUGAUUGAGUAAUGUAUUGAUUUGCUUAAUGCAUUCAGUUAAUUAAGAUUUUGUAAUAAGUAUAUUUUAAUAAAACUCAUA